AAAAUAUUGCUUCUCCAGUUGGUGUUGUAUGGACACAACACCGCCCUCAAGUGGCUGGUGCAAAAUAUAACUCUUCUUUUCUGGUUGAGAAUUCAAUCGCCUUUCGACAGGGACAAAUUAUGUCGCGUACGUAACGGUUUGAACUAGCUGUUCAUUUCACAAGUUCUGGAUCAACUGCUAUAUGAUUCCCGUCGUGUUCUCGGCCAACAACGGGGAAAGAUGCCACAGAAAACACUGGGAUCCAUUGUAGGUCUGCUUUGCACCGGGACCUGGUUGGUACAGGGAAAGGAAUUCUGUUUUGGAGUGAACAAUGAGCAAUACCGGUGUGAGAUGGGCUACUGCUGCGGGGAGACCGAGUGCUGCACUUACUACUAUGAGCUGUGGUGGUUCUGGCUGGUGUGGACCCUCAUCAUAAUGCUGAGUUGCUGCUGUGCCUACCGUCACCGUCGGGUCAAGAUGCGGCUGCAGCAGGAGCAGCGCCAGCGCGAAAUCAGCCUUAUGGCCUAUCAGGGAGCUUCUAGUUCUUUCAUCUCCCCUCCACCCCUCAACUUGAGGUUCUGGACAGACUGCAAGCUUCCUGACUAUGAAGAGGUGGUGGGUCAUCCCCCGACUCCCCCUCCGCCUUACUCCGAGAUCCCCCCAGAGACCACCCCUCCCAUCCUACUGCCCCCCAUCCAAUCAGAAGCUGCUGUGGUGCUGGAGCCCCCAACAGAGGACACUCCAAGAGAGGAGCAGGCCGCUAGUUCCUCAGCAGACCAGGAAUCCGCAUCUGCUCCCAGCCAAUCAGAACAACCGGUGGAAGAAGAGCUGCUGACCCGGCGCAGGCAUGUGACUGGCGACUCGGGGAUCGAGGUGUGUGUGUGCCAACUGGACGAGGGCUCUGGGCCGGAAGAGGACGAGGAGCAGGUGUGUCAGGGGGCCAGGGGGGACUGCUGCUCUGCCUCUGAGCACCACCACAUCAUCAGACACAAAGAGAGAACCCCAGGGCCUCAGCCCAAGGGCCAGACCGCCAGCACCGGAGACCGCCUGGUCUGAGCUCCACCACCAACCACCCAGAGGCUGCUGCCGGAUGUGCGCUUUAGGGAGGGAGAGCCCUUGUCAUCAUAACAAUAACCCAGACACCACCAGCAAAUGAAAUGCCCCACAACGACUCACCAAAUGAACCAGGUUGUCCUGCUCUUUGACAUGCUUGUCAGUUAUGAUCCAUAAAAUGACGCCAAUGAUGACAAAAAAGUUUAUUUGAAAGAUGUUUCGUUUGGCUAUUGGUUUAAUUCUUUAAUACCCAUGGAUGGUCCCUCGUCUGCUUUGUUUAGUUCUUGCAAUGGUGAUGAUGAGAAAAUGCCAACUUCUAGAGAUCUACCAAGUGGCAAGGAGAGGUGCUGAUGCUGGCACAGAAUUGACUACAUCUACCCACCCACUUGUCCCUCACUCUCCCACCCAACUGUCUGGCCUGGACAUUUUUCCUUUGGUCCUUCUAACAUUUCACCUCUGUGGGGACAGGGCAGGAUGGCAUACCACCAUGGUCACCAAUCCCUAGGCCCCAGCACAUAGGGGCCAAAACAUAAGAUGAUGCUACCAGACACAGUCCUGACCAGGGGAUACAAACUGUUACGGAUAGAACUCGUUUUGUUUUUGCAGGGGUUUGUGUGUGUACUGUGUAAUCUAGGACACAGCUGAAAAGUGAUGUCACCCCCGAGGUAAUCUUAGCAUGCAUCUGGUUUCUUUGUGGAGUGACAGCAGGGCUAUUUGCAUCCAGAGAAAAGGCUGGGAAGUGAAGAUGUGCCUGUCUCUUAUAGCGUCUCUCUCUGAACUGUGUCCCAAUAACAUCAGACUCCACCCCGCCUACACCCCCCUCUACCCAUCCCUCAUGUCUCCACCAGUACUCCGGUCAACACUUGGCCAGACUGAACGGUAUUGAAUAGACUGGAAUGGACGUUUUGAUGUGAUCUCUUGUCUGACUGGCCAAGUGAACUGAAGACGUGACAAUAUCCCAUCGCUGUGCCUGCAACUUGGUAUCUAUAAACAGCAUUGUGGUGGUCGACCGUGUAUGUGUUUCCCAGACCGGCGGUGAAAUAACGUGGCGUGUGUGUGGUGGGGUCAGCAGUAUUUUGAAGGACUGACAGUCUCACCGAGCGGUAAGGGGUAUGUUGUUGGGAUUAGAAGUACAAACCAGAGGAGGGUGGGAAGACUGAAGGUUCAGCAGUGUAGUACUUUGUCCUGUAUCAUUUUCUUGUCUUUUUAUUACUUCUCUAAAACCUGCUUUAGCUGAGGCCACUAUAACCCACAUCAAUGACAAAGAAUCUCUUAUCCAAGGGAUGCUGUGAGUGUGGAGUAGUGUAGUCUUAUUUAGUGUAUCCUCAGUGUCCUGGCCCCCGGUGUAAGUUAGUGCACUCAACUCACCAGGCUUUAGACCACUUUUAUUUAUAUAUAUAUAUAUAUAUAUAUAUAUAUAUAUAUAUAUAUAUAUAUAUAUAUAUAUAUAUAUAUAUAUAUAUWUAUAUAUUUUAGAGGGCAUGAGUAAUUUGUGUAGAUGUGUGUUCUGAUUCGUCCUGUCAGCAACGGUGUGUUUUCGGGCACGUGUUUCAUAUAGUCUACUACUCCCAGGCCAUUGGCCCCGAGCUGAAAAUGAUGAAUCGCUGCUGUUUUUACCCAGCAGCAGGCGGAGUCAGAUGGUGGCACUCGGACGGAGUGAACCAACGUUUAAGUAUAGACACCAUGUAUCUAGUUUCAUCAUGUUAUGACUUUGCACUGGGCCUGCAAUGUGCUGUUGCAUACUCCCUUGGCUUGCAGUGGUGUGAACAUUGUAGAAGCAAUGUGACAGAUUUGUGUUGGUAUUUUCCAUUCAGUGGGAUGGGGUUGGCUUUGCUGUGUGUGCAGUGUUAGUGCAGCUGCACACUGUUAUGAUAAACCAGUGAUGUGCGUUGCUUGCCCAGCAUGUGUCGAAGCGUAGCCGUAGAAUCGGGGAGUGUGAGUUUUAUUCUUCCGUUCCACCUAAAAUAAGAAGCACAAAAGUCCAGCUGCCUUGGUUGUGUGUUUUAAAUGGCAGUGAGUGAUAUGAUAGUUUUAUUUAGGGUAUUGAUUUGCUUUCAUGCAGCACUUAUUGAUCAAGUAGGUUAUGGACUGAUGCACUGUUUAUUAUUUCACUGCUAAUGAAAAAGGACAGACUCAAAGACAUUAAUUUCAACUAUCAAUCAAUAAGUUGUCUGUCUUCAAGUGUUAAGUCUUGACACUAUAAAAGUAAUGCUGGAAAGUCAGGAUAGUCAUGCACUCAAAGACUCACCUGCUCACAUUAGGACACUAACAUGUUUUUGAUAAGACACCAUAAGUUGCCUUGGUAGGUUGCUAGGGAACAGACAUGACAUGAGGCUCAAGGUGCACCACAACAGAGGGGUAUCCUACGAAGCAUGUUUGAGGAGUUGGUGAGGUAACUUUGGUAAACCCUGAGUUCAACUCGGGAUAUCCAGUCAUACGAAAGUGACUCACAUAGAGAUCCUAGUAUUCUAAUUCCUGAUUCUAUGGUGGCUCAACUUUGAGCCAGGUACAUUUCUAUGGCAACAAAUCCUUCAGCACUAACCUGCUCUGGGGUAGGCUAACUCCACUUAUCAUGAAUGAAAUUACUGGGCUGUGAGUUGUGGACCAUGAAAUCAGAUUCCCUCCCACUUGCAAAGAUUGUGUCAUCAUCCCCUUCAUUUGAGGGAGAUGACUGAUUUUAAAUAUUAUCCAUGGUCGUAGUACAGAGGAAGCCUGUGAUGUAAUGUGAAGCUAACUGAAGCUGGUUAGCUUUAGAAAACCCUGAGUAGAUCUAGCUUGCUUUGUAGGAUACCCCUCAGAAGGCAUAUGAACACUCAUUUUAAGUGCUCCUUCUGAGGCAUAAGGAAAUAAAUGCCUUCCUGUGGCAUGGUGGUAAAAUGUAGUUAGGGACAGGUAGACUAAAUGUGUUUUGGUGUCUUGUGUUUGAGGAGUAGGUGAUUAUAUUCCAGACUUGUGCUUUGGAAGAAAGCUAAAAUGUUUGAGCCCCCCCAUGUUUGAAGCAUGGUGUGCAGUCUGACAUAUCGAUCGGCUCAACUUAUUCUAGAAUGUGGUUAUGAGUUGCAAGAAAUGUAUCCGAGUGAAACCACAAGACGAGAUCAUAUGUUGUAGAAACUGGCCUGUAGAAUAGGCAACAUUUAUUAAGUCAGAAAGCUUGUGUAUGUCAUUUAAAAAUGCCAUCGGCUUCUCCCUGGUUAUCUGUGGUUAUAUUGAUCACUUUUUUUUCCUUCUUCCCCACCCCCAUUUGUCUUUAGUUAUCAUUAUUUUUAUUUCAAGGAUAUGAUCUAGAUAAGUUUGAUAUUUGAACUGACCUGAAAGGAUGUUAAAUUAGUACCAAACAAAAUGAUGUUAAGAAAUCCUUUGUUAUAGUUUUUCUUGUGCUCAUAUGAGACGUUUGUUUUUUGAAUGGUUGGGGGGGGGGGGGGGGGAUGACAAAUGUAGAUGCUAAAGUGCAAUUUAUUUUUAUGCAAUAUAGAUAAAUUAAGAUUAUUAUGGUGAGAGGGUGUUUAUGUUUCUGAAUAAGAAAAUGGGGACCCAUAGUUUUUUCAGUCCCAUUGCUCACUACUUAAUGGGACAACUCUUGUUUGGCUUUCACAUGUUUACCUAGAUAAAGGGCUAUCAGUCAGUCAUGGACAAACACCCAUCCAUUUCAUUCAUCUGCUCUGUAUUUUCCUCUUACCUACAGUUGCAGACACCGGCGAUAUGUGAACGUAAUUCUUUGGACAUCUGUAGUACUCGUGUGAAUAAUGGCCAUAUUGUAUAUUUUCAAGCAUCUUUUGCCUUUUUGUUCCUUGUUCGCUUUUGUUUCAAUGUUCACAGAGGUGCGUGAAGCUCUUAUCCCUCGCUCGGUCUCUUCUUUCUCUCAAACCCCCCCCCCCCCCCCCCCCACCCAGUCCCCUAUGGCCUCUCACCAUAUACCAGCACAGAGGGCACAAGCUAGGAUCAGUGUCAGGUUGGGUAUGUGGUCCUGAUGAGGUAACUAGCCCCAGGUGUGAUAGUGAUGGGGGCUUUUAGCCAUGGCUCAUUGCAUCCCUCUGGACAUGAGACACCACUUCCCCCCCCCCCCCGGGGCCCGACCAUACCGAGCGUGGUAACAGAAACUGCGUGGCAACCCACACAAUGUUUGUCUUUGAGGUGGGGUUUUGCCUCUGCAUAUAUCAUCCUUAAGAUCAUGCAGGAACAAUUAUCUUUUGAGAUUGUUUGCCUGUACCUAAACAAUUACUGUACUCAACCCAUGUGUUUGUCUCAUACACUCAUACAUGCGAUCCUAUUGUCAUGAAUAUAAUAUUUUUUUUUUUUUUAAUGGGCAUCAGUAUUUGGCAUCUUUCAGAAUCUACCAUUAGCACCAGUGCCGUACGUUUUCAUUUACCUUGCUCACUACACCAAAGGCCUCCUUUCACCCUAAGUUUUUCCCUCUUUUCUGCUCCAUGC